AUGAGUGAAUCAACCAGUAGCAACAGCAACAACAACAGUAGUAAUAAUAAUAAUAGUCUACUUCAAGUGCCUUCAGCAACAACGACUAAUAACAUAUCAUCGUCUUCUUCAUCUUCACCAACUUUACCUGUUAUACCUCCACCUGUAAUUGAUAUACCAUCUAAAAAAGAAAAAACAAUGGCUGAAUUCCUUGCAACCAUGGAUAAUUACGCACCUAUUAUACCUGAUGCAGUAACUGAUUACUAUUUAAAUAAAGCUGGAUUUAAUUGUGAUGAUGUUCGAAUUAAACGAUUAUUAGCAUUGGCCACACAGAAGUUUGUAGCAGAUAUUGCAACAGAUGCUUUUCAAUAUUGUAAAGUUAGACAAUCUGGAAUCAAAAAAUCAGGAAAGGAACGAAAAAAUGUGUUGACAAUGGAAGACCUUUCAGCUGCAUUAAAUGAAUAUGGUAUAAAUAUUAAAAAACCAGAAUAUUAUUCCUAA